AUGUCCGACCUUCAUAAGUUGUUGCUCAAUCGAGUACGUCAGCAUGAACAGGUGUUGGGACUUGGUCUGUUGGCAGAGGAAGAAUCCCUGGACUCCUCUAUAGAGAGUACGAAUCAACCACCGCAUUUACAGCCACCUAUACCCGUUAACAGCUCGUAUCAAAGGUCCAUUGACAACCAGCCAUCCACAUUGACUCCACCUGACGAUGAAGAGAUCUUUGAGUCGUAUCAGAGUGCUAAAUUGGGUAUUUUCCCAGUCCAUGCAAUGUAUAAUUCAUUCCAAACUUACUAUAAGCCACCAACGUCUUCCAAGGAACCAAUCUUCAUAUGCCACCAUGGAGCAGGGUCUUCGUCGAUGACGUUUGCUGUCUUGACACAAGCAUUGGAUUCUCAAUGGAAACGCGAGUCUGGUACUCUGGAUGGAUCCCCAGGGGUGUUUGCCUUUGAUGCUAGGGGCCAUGGAUUAUCUCAGUCCCACGAAACUGAAGAUUAUACCCUUUCGACUUUAACUGAUGAUUUCAAAUUUGUCUUGGACCGCUUCAUCGAAAUCCAUAAGCCAUCUUCGUCACUUUAUUUUAUUGGUCAUUCCCUAGGUGGCGCUGUUUUGACAAACUAUCUCAAUAUUCAUCUGCACCUAACCGUGAAGGGACUUGUCAUGCUUGACAUUGUAGAGGAAACAGCCGUCAAGGCACUUGUAGCCAUGCCACAGUUCAUCAAAAGAAGACCAACAUCAUUCCAAAACUAUCAAAGAGCCAUUGAUUGGCAUAUCAAGGAAACAGGAUUACUUCACAACUUGGCCUCCGCUAGAAUAAGUGUGCCGGACUUGCUUAUUCGACCAUCAAAGUCUAGUCCUCUCUUUUGGAGAACUGAUUUGAACGUUACACAACCAUUCUGGGAAACUUGGUUUAAAGGGCUCUCUUCUAAUUUCAUCACAUGUGGUCAAGUAAAUAAAACAGCCAAACUAUUGAUUCUUUCUGGGCAUGAAAACCUUGAUACUGACCUUAUCAUAGGUCAAAUGCAAGGUAAAUACCAGUUGAUCGCGUUCAAUAACACCCAGAAUGCUGGUCACUUCAUUCAUGAAGAUAUACCAAGUCAAAUCAGUAUAUCUCUAGUUGAUUUUGUUAGAAGAAAUGAUUCACCUGAAGAGUAUAUGAAGAAUGAAUUGGGAUUUGUACCGAAGUGGGGAGGUAAGAUUAACAAAUAG